GCAGGGGCAGACUGACCAUUUGGAAACUUGGGUACUGCCCCAGUCCCAGGGUCAGUAGGGGACCCCAUGAGAUGUCCCUGGUACCUUUUUCAUAGGCUUUUUUGAGUUUGUGCAAGGACACAGGGGCCCCAUGAUCCCCUAUUGCCCAGGGGCCCAUGAGUUGUCAGUCCGCCCCUGGUCAGAAAUCAUCUUUUGUCAAACGUGUAAGCAAACACUAAACUACUUCAGGCAGUUUUUUUUCCAUUUCUUUCUAUAUAAUAGAAAAAGGCCAAACCUUUCAUAGGCUUUUUUGGGUGUGGUUUGAGUGUGGGCGAGGACACAGGGGCCCCAUGAUUCCCUAUUGCCCGGGGGCCCCAU